AUGUUUCACCAAGCUCUCACCUGUCAAGUCACCAAGCUCUCCCCUGUCAAGUCACCAAGCUCUCCCUGUCAAGUCACCGCUCUCCCCUGUCAAGUCACCAAGCUCUCCUGUCAAGUCACCGCCUCCUGUCAAGUCACCAAGCUCUCCCUGUCAAGUCCCAAGCUCUCCCUGUCAAGUCACCAAGCUCUCCCUGUCAAGUCCCAAGCUCUCCCCUGUCAAGUCACAGCUCUCCCCUGUCAAGUCACCAAAGCUCUCCUGUCAAGUCACCAAGCUCUCCCUGUCAAGUCACCAAGCUCUCCCCUGUCAAGUCACCAAACCUCCCCUGUCAAGUCACCGCUCUCCCUGUCAAGUCACCAAGCUCUCCCUGUCAAGUCACCAGCGCUCUCCCCUGUCAAGUCACCAGCUCUCCCCUGUCAAGUCACCAAGCUCUCCCCUGUCAAGUCACCAAGCCCUCCCCUAUCAAGUCAGCGCUCUCCCUGUCAAGUCACCAAGCUUCUCUCCCCUGUCAAGUCACCAAGCCUCACCUGUCAAGUCAGCUCUCACCUGUCAAGUCACCAAGCUCUCCCUGUCCAAGUCGCCUCACCUUAA